GUCACUCUCCCAUAACCUAGAGAGAUGGGGCAGUCUGUGCCGUGAGGUCGGAGCUCAGAGGAAAGAAAACAAGAACAGGAAAACAAACAAGACAUAAGAGGACAUCUGGAAAAAGCAGAAGACAGAAGACAGGGAGGGGAAAACAAACCCACAGCAGGUGGAAACAAGAUCUAGAGCAAACCGGUCUGGUCCACAGUUGUUUUUCUGGAAGAGAAGAAAAUACCGGAGGAUUGCCUUUUUUUUUUUUUCCCCCUUCAGUUAAUGAAAACUCUUAUCUUCAUCGUAAAAGAAAGGUCUAAGGGGAGGUAAAGACAAUCUUUGUUUCCUUAGAGGCAGAGCUGAGUGAAACCCAGACUAUAUCUUUGAAGCGUCUAAAAUAAGCCAUUGCCUGGUACACAUUGCAGAGCCAUCCUGGUCUCUGAAGAUCUACAUCCCCUUCAGGAAAAUUCCAGCCGGAGUAGCUGGUACAGUUCUAUUUUUAUAUUCAAAUAUCUGUGUCUCUUUUCGCCCCCUUUUAACAACCCUUCCGUUGUUCGUCAGCACAAGUGACAAGAAAGUGUCAGUGCGGAAUAGGAAUAUUUUUGGUUUUCUCUUUUAUCUGCCUGAGUCUUUUUCAAGAGGGUAGGAGUGGUCCUUAUUUCAGAAAAGGACAUUUCAAUUUGAAAGACGGUCUCUUAAAAUAUAUUUGCACCCACAAGUAUUUAGAAAGGGAGAUACCUUUUGGAGGUGAAAACCCUGUGAGAAAGAUGGAAAAAGGAGCCAGGCACCGAAACAACGCUGAAAAGAACCACCCAGGUGGGAGCGAGUUGGAGGCCAGCCCGGACACUGGUUCCACAGGGGGCGGAGUAGCCCUGAAGAAAGAGAUUGGAUUGGUCAGUGCUUGUGGUAUCAUUGUAGGGAACAUCAUUGGCUCUGGAAUCUUCGUCUCGCCGAAAGGUGUGCUGGAGAAUGCUGGCUCUGUAGGCCUCGCCCUCAUUGUCUGGAUUGUGACUGGUCUCAUCACAGCUGUGGGAGCCCUGUGCUAUGCUGAACUUGGGGUCACCAUCCCCAAAUCUGGAGGUGACUACUCCUACGUCAAGGACAUCUUUGGAGGACUGGCUGGGUUCCUGAGGCUAUGGAUUGCGGUGCUGGUGAUCUACCCCACCAACCAGGCUGUUAUCGCUCUCACCUUCUCCAACUAUGUGCUGCAGCCGCUCUUCCCCACCUGCUUCCCCCCCGAGUCUGGCCUUCGACUCUUGGCUGCCAUCUGCUUAUUGCUCCUCACAUGGGUCAACUGUGCCAGUGUGCGGUGGGCCACCCGGGUUCAAGACAUUUUCACAGCUGGGAAGCUCCUGGCCCUGGCCCUGAUCAUCAUCAUGGGAGUUGUACAGAUCUGCAAAGGAGAGUAUUUCUGGCUGGAGCCAAAGAAUGCAUUUGAGAAUUUCCAAGAACCCGACAUCGGCCUCAUCGCACUGGCUUUCCUUCAGGGCUCCUUUGCCUACGGAGGCUGGAACUUUCUUAAUUACGUGACUGAGGAACUUGUUGAUCCCUACAAGAACCUUCCCAGAGCCAUCUUCAUCUCCAUCCCACUGGUCACAUUUGUGUAUGUCUUUGCCAAUGUCGCUUAUGUCACUGCAAUGUCCCCCCAGGAGCUGCUGGCAUCAAACGCAGUCGCCGUGACAUUUGGAGAGAAGCUCUUAGGGGUCAUGGCCUGGAUCAUGCCUAUAUCUGUUGCCCUGUCCACAUUUGGAGGAGUCAAUGGGUCUCUCUUCACCUCUUCCCGGCUGUUCUUUGCUGGAGCCAGAGAGGGCCACCUUCCCAGCGUGUUGGCCAUGAUCCAUGUGAAGCGCUGCACCCCAAUCCCAGCCCUGCUCUUCACAUGCAUCUCAACCCUGCUGAUGCUGGUCACCAGCGACAUGUACACACUCAUCAACUAUGUGGGCUUCAUCAACUACCUCUUCUAUGGAGUCACAAUUGCUGGACAGAUAGUUCUUCGCUGGAAGAAGCCUGAUAUCCCCCGACCUAUCAAGAUCAACCUGCUGUUCCCCAUCAUCUACUUGCUGUUCUGGGCCUUCCUGCUGAUCUUUAGCCUGUGGUCGGAGCCCGUGGUGUGUGGCACUGGCCUGGCCAUCAUGCUGACGGGAGUGCCUGUCUAUUUCCUGGGUGUUUACUGGCAACACAAGCCCAAGUGUUUCAAUAACUUCAUUGAGUCACUAACCCUGGUGAGCCAGAAGAUGUGUGUGGCUGUGUACCCCGAGAUGGAUGCGGGCUCGAGGACAGAGGAAACGAAUGAGGACACAGAGGAGCAGCGGCAGCCCAUCUACCAACCCACUGCCUCCAAGGACAAGGAGCAGCCCCAGCCCUGAGGACUGCCAUCCCCUCUCAGCUGGCUCCUCCCUCCUACACUCCCUCUUGCCCUCCUUUCCUGCCUGGGUCCCCCCAACACACACACACACACACACACACACACACACACACACACGCCUCUGCUUCUGUCAAGCAGGGGCAGGACCUGGGUGUGUGUGAUAAGAAACUAUAAACAAAGACAUUGACAUUUGUACCCAAAGAACCAGCCUCUCAGCACCAGGGCCUGUAUCCAACACCCUCACUAGGGCUGCUCUAAGCAGUGGGAGAAGUGUGGAGCUGCUGGGGGUACCCUACAGGGCCUUCCGCACUCCUCCACUUGCAUCCUUGGGAGCCCAGUUCAAUACUGCCUUCCCCCCACCCCAUUCCUGAGCCCAACAGAGGCCUCUGCUCAGAGAACUGGAACGGAACAACAGUGAAUCAGUUGGGGAGGGACAGACUCAAGCAAAUCUGUCGUCAUUAAAGGUCAGCUGGAGAGAGCUAUAUCACCCUCCCUUCACUAGGGACCCAAGAAAUCAGAGCGAUACUUCCCUCUCACCCUCCCCUCACCGUCCUCAUGGUAACAUACCCCCACCCCAGCUUGGGCUCCCUGUCCAGAGCAAAGAUCCUGUCAGGACACCACCUCCCUACUGAGCUAUGGACCAAUGAGCAGGAGAACUGCCCCCUCCUCCUAGCCCCAAGCCAGGCCUGUGGAACAGAUUGGGAAAGGCUCAGAUUGCAGAAACCCAGCCCUGCCCCUCUCUCCUGCAUCCUGACCCCCACUCGGUGCCAAAGCUUCUUGAAGCCAGAAAGUCUUCUUAUUUUCAAUGUAGUGGACAUUUCUCUCCUAAUGGCAAAGCUGCUCAGCUCCUCCUCCCUCCCUGCUCCACCGAGGAGUGGUCACUCCAUUACCCCUGCAGCUACACCCCCAACACACCCCCAUGGAGCCAGCACUGCCAGCACCCCCAUCAUGCCCUCACCCCCCUCUCCGGCUUGGCUGUGGGACCAACCGGUGUGAGGGCUCCCUCAGCCCUUCAGGCCCCGAAAGCCAAGCCAAAUCAGCCUUAAAUCGCCUCCCAUCCAAGAACUGGACCUAAAAAUACUCCCUGAUUUCUAGCCCUCAGGACAGACUUGGUAUGAAAAACCUUCCUGGAAUGGAGGGUGCUUUCUCCCCCACCUCCCAGAAGUGCCCAUCCCCUAACCUCGGAGACUGGGAAGGGAGUGUCUUCUGAAGGCCAGUUCCUUCUUCCUCCCCCAACCCCAACACCCCCCUUUCUGGUCCCACCGCUGCCCCCUGUCUUCAGACAGCCUCCCACGCAGGAUGAAAGGGCAGUGGCUGAAGGUACCCAUCUUGGAGACACGUUCUCUUUGGUAUAUGGACUUCUGGCCGUCCUGUGGGCAGAGGGUGCCUUUCCCUGCCCUCCAGAGGAAGGCCACUGUGUUUACCCUGGGCCUUGCAGCCUCCCUGCCAUACCUGCUGUGCUAAGCAGGAGUCCCCCCUUCCCUACCUCCAUGUACUAUCUGCUUAGACUAGAAUAUGUGGGGAAUCCUCCUGGCUUGCUUGGCUCUCCCAGCUUCCCUCCUCACCUGCCUGACACCCCUACCCCCCCAAGGUUGGUGAGAUGUCAGGUUUAGUUUGAGUUCUGGUCCCUUCUGAGUGGACCCCAGGUGGGCUGGGGCUGGCCCCUGGUGGGUCAGGGGACCAUCCUCUUGUUCCCUCUUCUCAUUCCUCCAACCUCCAUCCCUCCUUCAAUUGUUGGGAUUUAUUUGUCUGUUUGUUUCGUAAAGUGAAUGCCUUACUUUUUGGAUAAAUAUUUUUGAAGCUGGCA